AUGAAGAUCCUCAAACCCCUGCUCAGCUGCCGCCUGGCCCUGGAGGUGCUGAAGUUUCCAGCAGAAGGGUCAGAGUUCACCAUCGAGUGUACAUUCAACACAAGCAAUAAUUCAAUUAAGUGGUUUAUUGAAUGGAAUAAAACCAGAAACAAUGUAACAGCCAAGGUGAACAAUGUAACAGAUCGAAUCAUAUUCUCAGCAGAUCCAGAAAAGAGGUCUCUUUCCCUCACUGUGAAGAAAGCCGACAUCACUGAUUCUGGAACCUACGUAUGUGGGGUUGGGAGCAAAGAUGGGACAUAUCCUGGGACUGGAACCCAAGUGACCAUUGAUGAAAUUACAGACCUGAUGGUGAAUCAAACUCCAACCAGUGUCAGUGAUUUAGAAGGCUCAGAACUUACCAUGAAUUGUACAUUCAAGACAGUCAAUAACCACAGCACCAUGUAUGUGCGAUGGUAUAACUAUGGGACCGAGGAACUAAAGCAAGAGCUGGUGAAGGAGAGCGAGGUGAUCACAACGCUGCAUUUGGCCAAUGGGUUUGCCUCUCUCACUUUGAAGAAUGUGAAUUCAUCUAAUACAGGAACCUACGUGUGUGAGGUGGGGAUCACAGCAAGGAACCUCUCUGUGUCAGGAGCUGGAACCCAGGUGACCAUCAAUAAAAGGAGAAAUGCCUCCCACGUUGUUUUCGUCAUCCGGAUGGUUCUCGGGGCCCUUGUUAUAAUCUUGGCUGUGAUUAUUAUUACAGAGUGCGUGAUCUCAGAAAAGAGGGCUGCUGUCAGUCGAACAAUAUGAGGAUCAGCUGUUACAGCGUACACCUGGAGAUGGAGCUCUCAGACACCUGGUACCCAGGCAUUCCCCCCAACACCGUGUUGAGCAUCCUGCCUGCCAGAUUCUGCACCUGCAAAUAAACCUUGAUCUGAAUGGAAGUUCACAGGUGUUCAGAAUAAAGAAACUCUUCUCUGACACCCCUCUUUGAGGCAGCAGAACCCGGUGAUCGCUGAUGGCUUAGGUAGUCUCAGUGGCAUCUGAGCCAUAGGAAAA